CGCGCCAAGUGUCAGAUACUCGGUGUAUGGUUGUUGUCAGUGUCAGAGUCUUGAAGGACGUCACUUUGAGUUGAAGCCAAUCUAUACGUGUCCUUCAUUUGCUAUUAGAAAUUGUCUAGCGGCAAGCAUCAAUCAUCAUCGACUAAUAAUUUAGAAUCUUUUGAUUUUUUCAACAACGACCUGGACUUUGCUUGGUCUUUUUGUUCUCAAAUAGUCUCCAUCUGGUUUAUUUAUCUUGUUUUUGUAGUUUCUUCAUCUGGGUCUUGUUUGUUUUUUAAUUUUCUUGUUGGGGUUUGAGGUUUUUGAUUGUGGGUUAGAUGGAGGAGAGGUACGAUGCAUUGAAGGAGCUUGGGUCUGGGAAUUUUGGGGUGGCAAGGCUGGUGAGGGACAAGAAGACGAAGGAGCUUGUUGCAGUCAAGUACAUUGAGAGAGGGAAAAAGAUUGAUGAAAAUGUGCAGAGGGAAAUCAUCAAUCACAGAUCCUUGAGACAUCCAAAUAUUGUCAGGUUCAAGGAGGUCUUGUUAACUCCAACGCAUUUGGCCAUUGUCAUGGAAUAUGCAGCUGGUGGUGAACUCUUUGAGAGGAUAUGCAACGCUGGUCGGUUUAGUGAAGAUGAGGCGAGAUUUUUCUUCCAGCAGCUAAUAUCCGGAGUGAGCUACUGUCAUUCUAUGGAAAUUUGUCAUAGAGAUCUGAAACUGGAGAACACACUCCUGGAUGGAAGUCCAAUGCCACGGCUUAAAAUAUGCGACUUUGGUUAUUCCAAGUCUGCUUUGUUGCACUCACAACCCAAAUCAGCAGUUGGAACUCCAGCAUACAUUGCCCCUGAGGUCCUGUCGCGAAAGGAGUAUGAUGGAAAGAUUGCAGAUGUUUGGUCUUGUGGUGUGACUUUAUAUGUGAUGUUGGUGGGAGCCUACCCUUUUGAGGAUCCUGAAGAUCCUAGAAAUUUCCGGAAGACCAUUGGGAGAAUAAUGAGUGUCCAGUACUCCAUACCCGACUAUGUACAUGUAUCUGCAGAAUGCAGGCAGCUCCUUUCCCGUAUUUUUGUUGCGAAUCCUGCAAAGAGGAUCACCAUCCCAGAGAUAAAACAACAUCCUUGGUUUCUUAAAAAUUUUCCCAAGGAGCUCAUUGAAGGGGAGAAAACUAACUACGGGGAAUUGCACCAUGACCAACUGGUUCAAAGUGUUGAAGAAAUAAUGCGAAUCAUUCAAGAAGCAAAGACACCAGGGGAGGGAUCCAAAGUUGAUGGGCACAGUCUAGAUGGAGCAUUAGGCUCUGAUGACUUGGAGGCCGAUUUGGAAUCUGAAAUUGAUGUCAGCGGGGACUUCAUGGCCCCUGUGUGAGCCUGCAUGAGCCAAGGAAUUACAUCGAUCAAGAUAGUCUGAACAAGUUUUAGCAUGUAUUAAUGGUCUAGACUCUAGACUUUAUUAUUUUACAAAUAAUAUUGUAUAUGAUGUAUUUGAAGUAUGAGAGAAGCCAUAACUUUGGUGGUCACUGCAGCAAUGUGAUUGCAGUUCUGAAUGGGUUAAGAACUUGAGAUGAGGGUUUUUUGUUUUUGUUGAACAUUCUAUAAAAUUCCAUAUGGGAAAAUGGUACAGGCAGUUAGUUAAA